GAAGCGCAACCCCACUGAGGAACUCCAGCAAGACUUCACGCAUAAAAGCUUCGGGAUUUACGCACACAAGCCUCACCAGCUCCUUUCGCACACAUACAUUAUGGGACACACAACUAACACUAGUUGACAAGGGGACACUUGGAAAGAGAGCGCGCGCAAAGCAUGACUUGGAUACGCUCAUGUUUUGUCCUGUAUUUUGUUGGUCAGGUGUUGGCAAAUCAGCCAACCGAGACGAGGGUAUAUUUGGAUAACAUUACGCGCAUUUUGGACAGAUUAUUAGAUGGAUAUGACAACAGACUUCGACCUGGAUUUGGAGGUCCUGUCACAGAGGUUAAAACGGACAUCUUUGUCACCAGCUUUGGUCCUGUUUCUGAUGUGGAAAUGGAAUACACAAUGGAUGUGUUUUUUCGGCAAACGUGGAUAGACGACCGGCUGAAAUUUGAGGGCCCCAUUGAGAUCCUGCGUCUCAACAACCUAAUGGUCAGCAAGAUCUGGACACCGGACACUUUCUUCCGAAAUGGCAAACGUUCUAUUUCGCACAACAUGACCACCCCCAACAAGCUGUUCCGCAUCAUGCAGAACGGAACUAUUCUGUACACCAUGAGGUUAACCAUCAAUGCUGAGUGUCCCAUGCGGCUGAUCAAUUUUCCAAUGGAUGGACAUUCAUGUCCUUUGAAAUUCGGCAGCUAUGCCUAUCCAAUGAGUGAGAUUGUUUACACGUGGAAGAAAGGGCCGUUAUUUUCGGUGGAGGUUCCUCAGGAGAGUUCCAGCCUGCUUCAGUAUGAUCUCAUUGGACAGACGGUGUCUAGUGAGAGGCUAAAGUCAAACACAGGUGAAUACAUAGUCAUGACAGUGUACUUCCACCUGCAGAGGAAGAUGGGUUUCUUCUUGAUCCAGACAUACAUCCCGUGCAUUAUGACUGUGAUCCUAGCACAGGUCUCCUUCUGGAUCGACAAAGAGUCAGUACCGGCCAGAACUGUUUUUGGCAUCACCACAGUACUAACCAUGACCACGCUGAGCAUUAGUGCUCGUCACUCGUUACCCAAGGUCUCCUAUGCAACUGCCAUGGACUGGUUCAUCGCCGUCUGCUUCGCAUUUGUCUUCUCAGCCCUUAUCGAGUUCGCUGCUGUCAACUAUUUCUCCACUUUGCAGGCCAAUAAGGAGCUUCGGCGGGCAAGCAUGGCUUGUGCUGCAGUCAGAAGUGAUGGAGAACUUGUUACGAAUCCUCUGGACCCUGGAGGUGUGCUGAAGAAAAGGCUGAACUCUGUCUCUCAAAGAGAUGCUCCUGAGAGGUUCUCCAGAGCUCCACAGCCUGAUCUCCAUCAGCAAGGCUCCACUGUCCCUGCCAUCAACACGCUCACAACUAGUAUUAUUGACAAGUACUCUCGCAUACUUUUCCCGCUGUCCUUCGGGGCCUUCAACCUGGUCUACUGGAUUGUCUAUCUCACCAAAGACACUAUGGAAUCCAGGGAAGUGUGAGCCCUGUUAGAAAUCACAGAGAAGGGGGACUGAAGACAUGGCCAUCUAUUAAACUGGCGAAUGCAUAGAUGAAUGGAUGGAUGAGAGACACAUUCAGGAUCUGCUGCUGAAGAUAUAACUGUGAUUGUGCUGAGAGGGGACAGUGUUGACUCUUCUUCACCUUUGCCCCUUCCUCUCUUCCAGCCCGAUAGCAUGUAUUGACCUCUCAUCGCAUGAAACUCUCCGACUGCAGAAUGAUUUUCCUCCUCCCCAAAGACAGUCAAGGUGCAAUGGCAGUUAUGCCACACUUGUUUUGACACUGUCACACGAUUACAAAAAAAAAAAAAAAAAAGAUUUCUGCAGACACUCACAAUAAUGUGCCGGUGAGGCUUUCUGGCAAAUGCAAGCUUUACAGCAGCCAUAGGGGCUUUCGCAAUGGAGCAACCUUCUCAUAGUUCCUAUUGGUGGAAGUAGUGUUGUCACACAGUGCGUGAACACAAUGGCCAAUCAGCACUGUCUAAGAAUCUGCUCAACAGCUCAACAUUUCAUUAGUAUAGCAGUCAUUACGUUUGACAACACUAGGUGGAAGUUCCCACUUUUCCUAUUUUAGAGUAGGUUUUAACAGUUCUAUAGGGACUAUCAAUGACAUUAGUAUACACUGAUUGGCCAGACGCAUACAAAACACUGGUUACCUGCCAUUUUUUAAAAGCCAUGUAAAAAUAUUUACCUCACAAACAUGUAAACCAGCAAUAACGAAGUUUACCUGUUGUUGGCAGUAUUGUGUUCUUUUCUCUGUCUCAGUUAUAUGCAGCACUUCAAGAGAUUUAGUCAUCUUUUAAUUUUCUUUCAAUCGCAUAAAUUGUGCAUUUACAUUCCAUCUCCAUUAUAACGAAACCCACGACACACAACAAAAACAGCUCCGAUCACGGCGUCCUCCAUUCACCGGUUGUUGAUGUUUGUAAAUGCAGCUCUUAAAGA